GGCGCCGCGGGCCUCUCGGCCUCGCAGCGCCGCGCCGAGCUGCGGCGGAGGAAGCUGCUGAUGAACUCGGAGGAGCGGAUCAACCGCAUCAUGGGCUUCCACCGGCCCGCGGCGGGCAGGGAUGAUGAAGGCCACGGAGAAUCAAAACUUCAGCAUGAACAAGAUAAAUCAAACUCCUUUCCUAUUCCUUCAGUUUCCAAGCGAAUUGUGCUUGGCGAUUCUGUCUGUAACCUACCGGGAACGGCUGACCAUGCAAGCAGCAUUGUAGACCUCAAAGCGGAUAAGAAAGACUUGUUCAGUAAAACUCCAGAGCUUGUCACUGAGGGCACAAGCGAGCUCCGUCACCGUAACAGAGGGGAACUGUCAUCUGAAGCUGCGCCAUGGCCACCUAGACAUGGAUUAGACCAAUACUUAUCGAGAUUUGAUGAAGCUCUGAAGCUGAGGAACCAGCUGAUGAAUGAGAAGCCUAGCCAAGAGAAUGGGAAUGCAGUGGAGGAGUUUGAUUCUUUCCGCAUUUUUAGAUUAGUGGGAUGCGCUCUGCUUGCCAUUGCAGUCAGGGCUUUUGUGUGCAAGCACCUGAUUGGCUACAUGGGACUUUCCAAGUGCUUUCCAAAGUGUGAGAAGAAGGUGAAAACGACAGUACUAACUGCUGCUCUCUUACUGUCUGGAAUUCCUGCAGAGGUGAUUAGUCGCUCCAUGGAUACCUACAGCAAAAUGGGAGAUGUUUUCACAGACCUUUGUGUCUAUUUCUUCACUUUUAUCUUCUGCCAUGAACUUUCUGUGUUUUUUGGUUCGGAAGUACCCUGAUGGCUAUAGAAUUCAAUGCAGUAGUUACACUAAAGCUUUCUGGUCUGUAUUGCUUUAACAUCUGACUGUCCAACCAGGUUUAAACCUUAAUUAUAAUUCUUACCUGUUCGAAUGCUUGAAAGGAGCCUUAAAUCCAAUCAUUUUGAGAAUAGAAGAACAGGAUCCUAGGCUGCCAGUUGUAUUAGUAAAAUUUAUUUAUAUACUGUGUCUGCCUAUUACAAAUGUAAAGAAUAGGAUGCAAGUGUCAGUAGAUGAUUUAUUUUGUUUAGUUAGAUGAUGCUCUUCUCACCCUCCUUCAUAAACACUUACAAAGCUACCUUUGUUUUUAUGGUGAGAACAAGAAGAGAUUUACUUCCAGCAGAACCAUAUAUAUAUAUAUCUAAUAUAUGCUAACAAGAAUUGUUCAUUUUGUGUUACUCCCAUUUUUUUAAUGAAAGCUCUAAAUAAAAGAAAAGAAAUCCCUGUAUUUUGUUGUUCCAAUUCAGAAUGCUGAACCAAGCAGCUGUUUGUGGAGAAUGUUGGUGAAACAUGCCACUUCAUUGUUCUAAUCCUUGCCUUGCUAUGAAUUAUUUGCUGUGAUUGUGAUGAAUUUCAUUAGAUGAUUCUAGUGCAAAACAGCAAAGCAAAAAAAAAAUAUAUAUAUAUAUAUAUAGUUCUACAAAUGUCAUGAAUCAAAAGUAGGAAGAAGCAAAAUUGUUAAUCUCAGCUGUUUGUGAGUUUCCGGCAGCCUGUUAAUCCUAGUGUAGCUCAUACCUGUACUUUCAUUCUGAUUUCUCCUUGUCUUGUUUUUUUUUUUUUUUUUUUUUUUAGCAAUAGUUUACCUCAUGCAAGGAAAGAUGUAUAUAUUGGCAGACAACCCACAGUAUAAAACAUUUGCUCCAGUAUGUGUAAAAAGUACAAGGGAACUAUUGUUUUUCUAGCUCUUUGCAGGAUCGAAUCAGACAGUUUUGAAUGUGACAUUCAUUUCUGUAUUUUUUUUCUCUAUUUAUUACCAGAUAUUUGAGUGUAAACAGGAUCUCAGUUGCUUAGGAGCUCUGCUCCUGCUGCUUAAUAGUACUACUGCCCAACAGCAUAUAGUCUUUGAUUCAACAGAGAUACUUACACGUUAACGGAUCUGCUAUCUUUUGUGCUAUGUGUUUUGAGAUUCUCCCAGCUGCAUCAAAUCAGCCAUUUCUGUUUAAAUCCUAAAUACUACAUAUAACAAUGAAAUAAGAUAUUUCACUGCUUUGCUAGUUUAAGUUUACUGUCACAAAAAGAUCAAUGUAAGGUGGGAGAAUACCAUCUUAAUUUUUUCUGUGGGAGUCUCGCCCCACAGGUGAAAAGAAAACAAAUGCAAAUGAAUCCUACAACUGGGGAAAGUAGAUAGAUAGUUGAGUGUUGUCUUGUUUUCCGGUCCUGAAAUAAUUUUUUACAGUGAGAGGAAGGAGGUUUCAUUCCAAAUAGCCAGCCAUUCACGUUGACAAUCUGUGAAAAUUUAUGUUGAAACUCAGCUUAGUAUUAUCUUCAGCUUGUGUUUUUUUGUUUGGAAUCCAGGCUAAUGUCUUUUAUUUAAGUGUAGAGAAACACCUAAUUAUGUUGAUAUAUGCAUAAACUUUGGGGGAGCAAAAUUGUUCUGUUACGUGUAUUUAAAAUAAAUGGCUCUGCUUUCUGCUUAGUCUUUUCCAUUAAAGCUGCCUACUGUAAUUUUAGCACUGCAUUUCUGACUUCAAAGUCAGAUACAUGUUUGUGGCAUGAAAACAAGAAGCUGUGUUUUGGAUUUUACACUUUCAGUUUUUACUACUUAUUUUAUAUUGAAUAUCUUGUUACAGAUGUCCAGGGCUGGGCUGUAAAUGAUUGCAACUUAGGUCUGUUAGCACAGGUAUUAAAAGGUUCUGACUAAAUACUGGACGAGAGUUUCAACAGGUUCAAAUAGCUGGCAUUUAAGGUUGAAAUAUGCUAAGUAAUGAGUUUGCUCAAAAGUUACUCUUUUUCUGACCUUACACUUACAUGCCCAAAUAUAAGACCAAUACAUUUAAAAAAGACCAAGUCCUAGUAUCUGCAAAAAAAAAGCACUGAAGUUGUAAUCCUGAUCACAAAUAUUUUAAUCCUGAUCAGAUAAUUAAUAAGAAAACAGCUGACCCACCUCUUUUUUUGGAGGGGAUUUCUGCACAACACUUUUACAAUCUUUUUGCAUAAAAAAUGAGCAAGUGGGCUGUUUUCUCAAGUGGUGAAAGAGACAUUGCUACGAGACCUAACCCAGAACUUUUCAGUCCGAAAGCACCGCGUUUUUGUGACAAGACUAUUCCAGACGGGGUUGCACUAUCCGCUCCCGUCUGUUCAGUGACUGGACGUGGAGCCAGCAGGACUUCCCUAAAUUACUCUUCAUCUCCGAUCGAGAAAUGAAUCUCCCUUUUCCAUUCUAAUUUAUCUUUAUGUAUGUAAUGCUAUUUAAUGUUUACUGCUAAACCGGUUGUUUUCUAUUAAAAAGCUGUUUGUUACCCCCUUC